ACCCGUCUGAAACGACAAUGAAGACAGCGGUUUACUUUAUUUUCCUCUUUUUCAUUUUGAACGUCGAAAAUGCAAAACACCAGACGAAGAAAAUCUUCAGGAUUGUUAAGUUUGAAGAAUGCCCUGGAAAACGCUACAAGGAAAAAUGCAUCAAACUCUGGAAUUUCACAAACCAAAUUGUCAGUGUUGAUAAACAAAUAGCAGGUUCAACUAUUGAAUUGAAAAACGUCCCUGCAAAGCCUCAGGUAGUAACAACAGCUCUAAAAUGUGAAUCAAGUGAAUAUGAGUCCUGCGUGGAAAUUUGGAGUUUUAAGUUCGACGUUUGCUCCAAACUGCAAGAGUCGUUCUUCUACACAAAUACAGCUCAGCUUUUCAAACCCGAUCUUAAAUGCCCGAUAAAAGACGGUAUAUACAAGUCCGUGAAUUACACAGCGACGCCCGACGACCUCUACAAAUUUCUUAGGAAUGCUGGAUUUACGUCUAUCACGGAUUACUACAUCGGGCUCAGAUUCUUGUUCCUCAAUGAAAAGAGAAUCCAUAUCGGGUGCAUGGACGGUAUAGGAAAGUUCUACGACAUAAAAUCAAAAGAAAUACAAAAAACUACACGAACAUAGCUCAAUAAACACUAUGGUGAUUAAGAUUAUGGGUUAAAAUGUGGUGUUUGGUAUUAAGUUUAUACACUAUUCCUUUAAUAACAGAAAUUAAACCAAUAAAUGUAAGAGAAAAAAAUGAAAAUUGUUUUUCCAGGUAAUAAAAUAUCGACCUAUAAGUAACUUCUUGGUCGACAUACUGUCUAAAUUUAGAAUUAAUUAUACUCUUUCCUAGACAGUUAAUAGGAGAAAAACAAUUAUGUAUCUAUUUUCAUAAAGA